AUGGAUGACAACAAAAACACAACCUUCGACUGCGACAUUUUGAUAUGUGGCACCAGCCUACAGAACACUUUACUAGCAGCCUACUUUUCCAUUAACAACUACAAAGUAAUAAACAUUGAUAAGAAUAACUUCUACGGUGAUGUGAACUGUUCUUUCAAUUUCCAACAAUUUCAAGAUGAAAAAUUCCAGCUCAAGAAUUUUUACGAGGAAUACUUGCCCUUCUCAUCCAGCAAAAAUGAUAACGACGUAGAAAAAAGAAAAAAUCUCAAACAAAUAGUGCACAGCUAUUUCCAAAUAAAUAACAACAGAUUUAAUAUUGACCUUAACCCCAAGAUAUUAUACAACGAAAGCAAUAUCGUGGAUGUCUUGACAACCUUAAAGGCACAUAUAUACAUCAAUUUUGUGGGAAUACAGUACUUUUACAUGACCUACCAUAGACUUAGCUACAACCCGAUAAUUGAUCAAACAGACAAGCACAAUGUAAAUGUUCCAAAAAAUGUCGCAAAGGAAAUACACACGAAUAAAGGGGGGCACAACCCUAGAACAAUUCAUAUGCAGAACCUGAACAGUAGUAGUAAUAAUAAUAAUCAUGAGGACGAAAACGAUUUAAUUGUGUUAAAAAUUCCUCUAAACAAAUCCCAGGUUUUUCUUGACAGAAACCUCAGCCUCAUUGAAAAAAGAAUGAUUAUGAAUUUUAUUUACAAGAACAUUAUUCACGAUAAGAAUUCCACCUUUUCCAAUUUUUCCAAUUACAAUUUUGUAAAGAAGGCAAAUGUGACGGAACAGGGGGGGGCGCUACGGAGUAACGGGCACACAAGCACCAAAAAUGAGCAGCAAACUCCAAAUGGUUACGAGCUUUCGGCGGACAAGAAGGAUGGCACUCAAAAUGGAGACAUGUCACGAGGAAAAGGGGAAUCAGAAAAGGCUCCACAGGCAAAUUACGCUGAUCACGCCGAUCAUUCCGAAGAACAGUCAAAUAUGAACAUUGCUGACUACCUCCAAUUGUACAACAUCUCAGGAAAGCUAACAGACUACAUCAUAUACGGGAUAGGGGUGUUCGACCUACAAAUGGAGCACUGCAAUAAUAGGAACAUUUCCGAAUACUACCUCAGCGGAUAUACCAAGGAGAAACGCAUUAUUAUGAAUAAAAUGGAGUUCCUUCAACGAUUGCACAUUUUAAUCAGCUCGUUAAAUAAAUUCAAACUGCAAAACUCGUUUGCGAAUCCUUUUAUCUAUCCGGCCUAUGGGCAAAAUGACAUUAUCUAUGCGAUAUCGCGAGUGGCCUGUCUAAACAAUUCCAUUUACAUGAUUGACAGAAAAAUAGAAGACAUCAUUUUUUCCCCUUUCAACGAUUACACACAGGAAAGUACAAAAUAUGACCACAGGACUCCCGUGUCUACCUCCGUAAAAGUAGAUGCAGUCGUCCUAGACAAUGGACAUAUAAUUAGGCCAAAAUUUGUUAUAUCAUCCGGAUCUAACAUAAAUUUUUACGAAAUGAAGAAACAUCUUCUUUGCAAAAAAAAAAGUAAAAAGCCGAAAACGCUCAUCAAAACACAUAGGCUGGUUGUCCUAAGUACCUACUCACUUAUUGGAAAAAACGGCUUAUCCUUUUAUAUACACAAACAGCCAAAAGUAGGGAACCUACAAAAAAGGCACAUCAAUAAUUUGAGCAAUUCUGUACAUAUUUUACAGUUAGACUAUAAUAGUGGUUCGUGUCCCCAGGGUUUUUUCUUGACAUACUUUACCUACCUAGAAAUUUUAAAAGAGCCAAACAAACCAACAGAUAUUCCAACCAAUUCGAAGAAGGAGAAGGAGACCAACCGCCACAAUCCCGAUAAAAACAAAGACUCCCCAACUAAUCAGAAACCACCAAAUUUCUGCUUCCUAUUUGAUGUUUUAAAAUUGUUUGUUAAAAAACACAAAGACAGUAAUACCCCACCUGCGGACACGGAGUUACCUGUCAAUAUUCCCUUUAAUGAAAGUUUCCACAACGCACUUGUGAACUUUUUCAGCAUUUGUGAAACACAGGAGGAUUCUCAGUCGGGAAAGACCGAUAAAAGGGAAUCCCCUAAUGAAGAAAAUUCACAAAUAGAGGAGCAAACAAGUGAACGCCCCUUAAGCGGAAAUACUCCCAAUGGCGAACAUGAACCGAACCACCACAACGAGGAACAGGCACCAGGAGAACAAAAGGGGGGAGCCACGCAUGGACAACAGCAAACCAAACAUAAGAAAGCCGAAAGAGCCUCCUUCGUAAAAACUUUCAACGAUUUAUUAAUCAAAGAAGGAGUCAUUUAUUGCGCAUACUAUGAAUAUGAACCAACAGUGUACAGAAAGGACACUGUCAAAAUUAUUAACCAAAAUGCACAAUACUACAGAAAAAUAUUCGAGAGUAUAGAAGAGAAAAUUAAGAAAGAGCAAGCACAUGUUCGCCAAAAUGGAGAAAACGAAUUCGAUAUGUCCAAUACCGGUGAGAGCGACUGUUGUAGUACCAUUGACAAUAGACAUAACGUUAGUAAUGGCGAUCUAUCUGGAAAAAAACUUAACCAAGUUGAAGAAAACAAACAUGAAGAUAAGAACACGUGCACCCUAUCCUCCCCCACCUCGAAGCGUAUCGAGAUGGAUGACAACAAACAUAUUUGCAAUAUACUUUUUACAAACGAUACUCACAACUACCCGAUAUACCCCUUGAUUGAAGACGUAUCUACAUUCUUUUACAUUAUUAACAAAAUCCAUAGAACGUUUAUUUCUUCUAACAGUAGCCAUACCAUAUAUGAUACCUUUGCCGAUAAAAUUAUGACAUUGUUUACCGAGAACACUGCAUACACUUUAUCCCGCAAAUGUACACCGCCACGGAAAUAA